AAUACAUUAUUUGAUGCCUGUACGUUAUGUAAUUUUGAUAGAACAAUUUACAUUUUAAGUGACUAUUGAUUAAACAAAGUUUCCUCUGUUAUUAUCUAAAUGUUCAGGGAGCUAGGGCGAGAAUAUUUAAUUCUUGAAAUUAUUUCAAAUCUAUAGUGGCUACUUUUGACAUUUUUUUUACUACAAUCGCAAUUAAAACUAUAUCAUAUAUUUAAGCACCAUACCAUCACAAUUGCAUAAGAUUUUCGAUCAAAUUAUCCUGUUAUUAAUAUUGUUUUGAAACACUUCAAUCGCCAAAAUGGAUAUAUUCGAUGGCGCAUACUACAAAAGUUGCAAGUGGUUUUUAAGUACCUUAGGACUAUGGCCUUAUCAAACAGACAACAGAAAAAGAAUUAGUGCAGUAAUUUUUUUUGUAGUCAACAUAUCGUUGGCGAUUCCAACGGGUGCACUGCUAUACAAGUUAUGGUUGAAAAGCUUUACUGUUACUUUUGAAAACACUGUAUCAGUCAUGUUUGCUAUUGGAUGCUGCGCUAAAUAUGUCGUAACAUACACAAGUUCACAGCGACUAGUCCGGCUGUUUAAACAAAUAGCUUCUGAUUGGCAAAGAAUUACCGAUACUACUGAACUGUCAAUAUUAACGAAGUAUUCGGAAAAAGGCAAGUUUUUGAUAACAUUCUAUCAAGUUUACGUAUGGUUUGGAUGGACCGUGUACACAUUGAUGCCUUUCAUUCCAUACUUUCUGGAUAAAGUAUCACCUCUAAACGAAAGCAGACCGUUAUUGAUGCCAUUUUACGCCGAUUAUAUAGUUUUCGAUCAAGCUGAUUAUCAUUAUACAUCUUGUUUUCAUAUAGCUUUUGUCUAUAUAUCCAGUGCCUUGUUGUUUUGUGGCGUGGAUGCUACAUUCGUCAUGAGCGUCCAGCAUACAUGUGGUCUAUUUGCAAUUAUUUGUCAUAGGUUGGAGGGUGAAAAGAUUAAGAAGGAAAGUGAAUAUGCUCAGAAUGUAAUGAAGACGCUGAGUGAAGAGGAAUUGCGUGAGGUGGUUAUUUUUCACAACAACUGUAUAACAUGCUCCGGUUUGCUCGAAGAUUCAUUCAAUCUUUCGUUUCUUAUACUGAAUAGUAUGAGCGUUCUUGGUUUAGCUCUUUCGGGUGUUUACUUCAUCUACAUUUACGAAGAUUAUUACAAGUUUGUACGUAUCAUGGCAUUUUUUGUUGGUCUCAUCAUUCACUUGUUGUACCUCAAUUGGGUAGGCCAGAAAAUUAUUGAUAGCAGUGAAGACGUCUUCUUGGCAGCUUACUGCAGUAAAUGGUACGUCAUUUCCACCAGCGCAAGGGCUUUCAUAAAGAUCAUAAUGGUCCGAGCUCUGGAACCAUGUCGAUUGACCGCUGGUGGGCUAUCGACUUUGUGCAUGGAAAGCUUUGGAAUCCUGAUCAAAACUUCGGUAUCGUAUUUUACCGUAUUCUUAUCCGUGGCAUAAGCAGCAGGUACUGCACAGCGUUGCAAGGGAAGUUGGAAAGUCAGCCCAUCUGCUCAGACGCAUAAGAUACUAUAUUUUUCUACAAAUCUAAAUAUAAAAAAGCGUAUAUUUUGCAAACGGUAUACUCCGACGAAUAUCCUACUAUUUUGUAAGACAAUUUACAGAACACAUUCGACUUCAGACUGCAGCAGGGAUACUUAAAAUCUGUAUAUCUUUUGAUAUUAGUGUAUAAAAUACCGUAUAGCUAUAAAAAAAAUCAAAUGUCGAUUCUUUUUAGUAAAAAAUAUUCCGAGAAAUUCAAUCCACGUGUCAUUUCACGUAGGCUUUUGACGGGAAAUAGCUCUGAAAGUACAGUGAUUUGCAAUGACGGAGCGGGGAUCAAUCGAGAUUUUUGAAAUUUGAAUGGUCGGAAUUGAUAACGGCUCGGGAAACCUUACGGGCUCAAAUGAUUGAAAUGCCAAAGCGUUGUAACGUAUAUAAAAAAAAAUUCAGCUACGAUAUAAUACCGAAAUCAUCAUCAGGCUCGCGCGACAAAGUCACAUUCAAAACACAUCAAAAGCAGCCGAUCCUGCGCACAAGGAAAGCUCCGAUCGAAAUUAAUUUCCAGUCCCGUAAGCCGGAGGAGAGAGUGCAAAGUAAAGCGCAGCCCAGUACAGAGAGAGGGUGUGUGUGUGUGUGUAUAUAUAGGGAGAACGGGGAAGUACAUAGUGUGUUAUAGGUGCUGGAGCGCGCGCGAGAGGAAAGAUCGCUGCACGCGAGAGAGGGAGAGAGAGAGAGAGAGAGAGAGCCGGAGCUAUUCCUCAGCUUCAGAAGCAGAGCUUUUCUUCGCGCGGAAUAUAUAUCGGCGCGUCAGGAGCACGUAC